AUGGUUGUUGUUGACCACCAUGAGUACUUGUGUGAGGAAGAGAAGCGGCUGAAAGAGGACCGCGAGCGUACGAAAUACUGGAAGAAAUGGGGUCCCUAUGUUGCUGAACGUCAGUGGGCAACUGUGCGUGAAGACUACUCAGACAAUGGUGACGCAUGGAGUCAUUUCUCUCAUGACCAAUCCCGGUCUAGAGCCUACCGCUGGGGGGAAGAUGGCAUUGCUGGAGUGUCCGAUACUCAUGGACUCCAGAACGUGGCCUUUGCGUUUUGGAACGAGAAGGACGACUUCUUGAAGGAGAGGCUCUUCGGUCUAAGCAAUCCUCAGGGAAACCACGGGGAAAGUAUCAAGGAGGCACACUUUCAUUUGGACAAUGUUCCAACGCAUUCGUAUAUGAAAUACCUCUACAAGCUCCCUCAGAGACGGUUUCCCUACGAACAACUGAUCCAGGAAAAUGCAAAACGUGGCAAGCACGAGCGUGAAUUCAACAUCAUCGACUCGGACGCUUUCAAGGACAAUCGUUACUUUGACAUCUUCAUCGAGACAGCGAAAGAGACAGAUGAACCUGAAGAGCUGCUAUUUCGAGUCACGGCCUACAACCGUGGCCCGGAGCCAGCUCCGUUGCAUAUCAUCCCUCACAUGUGGUUCAGAAACACUUGGUCUUGGGGCCAUGAGUCUGAAAAGCUCAAACCCAACAUCCGCAUGGUGGGACCGAUGACCGCACAGUCCAAACACUACAAGCUCGGCCAUCGCUUCUUCCAACUGUCUCCAUCACCAGGCUGUGGUCCAAAUGCUGAUGAUGUUCAUCCACAACUCAUGUUCACGGAAAAUGACACCAACCUCCAAAAGCUUUAUGGGGUCAAGAACAAGCAAUCAUACGUCAAGGACGCUUUCCACCGGUGGAUUGUCGAUGAAGAGAAGGGAGCCAUCAAUCCUCGCUGCUCUGGCACCAAAUGCGCUGCUUGGUACGACUUUGGCCAAGGCGACGGGGUUCCUCCAGGAGAGUGCGCUGUUGUCAGAUUCCGCCUGUCUCGCAAGUACGACGGCUACCUUAACGAGGAGCUUCUGGACGACAUUAUUGAGCAAAGACGGCAGGAAGCCGACGAGUUCUACUACAGAAUCAGCCCUCUUCCCAUGGCCGAAGAUUUGAGGAAUAUCCAGCGCCAGGCCCUUGCCGGCAUGCUCUGGUGCAAACAGCAUUAUUACUUCAUAUGGGAUCAGUGGGCUAACGGCGACCCUAAUAUGCCCCCUCCGCCGGAGAACCGCAAGAAUGUCCGGAAUCUGCAUUGGAAGCAUAUGCAUCUGGACGACAUUCUCUCAAUGCCGGAUUCCUGGGAGUAUCCGUUCUUCGCAGCGUGGGACUCGGCUUUCCACUGUAUCCCGCUUGCCAUGAUCGACCCAGAAUUUGCGAAGAAGCAGCUCGAUCUGUUCACUCGUGAAUGGUACAUGCACCCUAACGGGCAGCUCCCAGCCUAUGAGUGGAAUUUCGGCGAUGUCAAUCCCCCGGUGCACGCAUGGUCCGUCUUCCGGACAUUCAAGAUUGAACGAAAAAUGUACGGAAGACAGGAUCUAGAUUUCCUCGAACGCGUUUUCCAGAAGUUGCUCCUCAACUUUACCUGGUGGGUCAACCGCAAGGACUACGAGGGCAAAAAUGUGUUCGAAGGCGGCUUUCUGGGUCUGGACAACAUUGGUUUGUUCAACCGUUCCGAGCCGCUACCUACCGGUGGAGUGCUCGAGCAAGCCGACAGCACAGGGUGGAUGGCAUUUUACUGCCUCUGCAUGCUGAACAUCGCACUGGAAUUGGCUAAGCAUAGACGAAUAUACGAGGACAUUGCCUCAAAGUUCUUCGAGCACUUUCUCUUGAUCGCAGAUGCGAUGAGCUUCCGUGCCGGUGGCAAAGAAAAGAGCUUGUGGAACGAGGAGGACGGAUUUUACUACGACGCCAUCUCUUGGGGCGGACCAUGGAGCCAGCAAAUGCGCGUACGGUCUCUCGUCGGCCUCAUCCCACUAUAUGCGGUCCUGACAUUGGAGCCGGAGCUAAUCAACAAGUUUCCCAACUUCAAAAGGCGAAUGGAUUGGUUUAUCGAAAAUCGCCACGACGUUGCGGAACGAAACAUUGCCUCCAUGCGCAAAAGAGGGAAGGAUGAGCGGCUCCUUCUAUCUCUAGUCAGCAAGGAGCGGCUAGAGAAGAUCUUGAAGAGGAUGCUCGACGAGACAGAGUUCCUGUCGGAGCAUGGUAUCCGCAGCUUGUCCAAGUACCACGAAGACCAUCCUGUCAGCAUGGAUGUCAACGGCCAACAAUUCAAAGUUAGCUACGUGCCCGGCGACUCUGACUCAGGCCUCUUCGGCGGCAACUCAAACUGGCGCGGCCCGAUCUGGAUUGCUGUGAAUUUCCUUCUGGUCGAGUCCCUUCUCCGGUACUAUAUGUUCUAUGGGACCUCUCUUCAGAUCGAGUGUCCCACUGGCUCUGGCGAAUACAUGCACCUUGGCCAUGUUGCCGAAGAGGUUCAGCACCGGCUUCAGCAUCUCAUGGUGCGGGACAGUGAAGGUCGUCGUGCCAUAAAUGCAGGCAAUGAUACCCUCGACUUCGACCCACAUUGGAAGGACUACCUAUGGUUCUUUGAGUUCUUCGACGGGGAUACCGGACGUGGUCUCGGCGCGAGCCACCAAUGCGGCUGGACCGGGCUGAUGGCGAAAAUGAUCCACGACACGGGGAUCAACUGUCGUCUACCGCAGACUCCGCGUACACCCUCCACCGCCGCAGCGCAUUACUUCGACGACAUUCUUUCAAGAGGACUUAGCAGGAAAGGCACCGUCGUUGGUACUCCUGGUCCUAUGCGACGACCCUCAACUUCGCGCUCGAUUGGCAACCGCGGCUCAUUUGUCUCCACCGUCACCAACGGCGACCACUCCAGCAGAGGCAACGCGACUCCCGCCGUUAUCCACGACGUGGAUGCUCCCAAAUCUUAUUUUGAAGCGGCCGAGACCACAGCGACAGAUUCAGAUGCGUGGGGACAAGAGGAUAAACUGGAGAAAGAACGCAGAAGGAGCAUUGCAGAUAGUCAUUACGACAGGUAUGUCAGCGAGCAACUGACCAAGAUCAAGACGGAUGAGAGCACCGCAGUGUACGAGGAUGAGUUCGAGGCGCAGCUGGAUUAG